AUGCAGCCAACAUACGGCAGUGGCAGCGGCAGCAGCAGCAGCAGCAUCAGCGGCUGCCACAACGGUAACAACAACAACGGCAGCGGCGGCGGCAUUUGCAAUCAGCAGAUCAACAACUACGGCAACAACAGCGGCAGCAAUCAUAUGAGUGCAGGCAGUUUCUUCGGCGGGGCCAACAGCAACAUCCACGGCAGUGGCAAUAGCAAUACCGAUUAUAUGACCACGCCAACCACCGCUUAUGCGACACCAGCGACAGCAGCCACAGCCACGGUGAACACCACAACGAUGCUGUCUAAUUACUGCGAUGCCGCCACCAUGAUGAUGGCCGCUGCCGCAGUCAAUGCAAAUCAGUGCCUGCAGCAACAUCACCAGCGCAUGUUGCUCGCGGGCAACAGCAGCAGCAGCAGCAACAGCAGCAGCAACAACAGCAGCAGCAACUGCAACAGCAACAGCAAUGGCGCAGCAGCAAUGCCCUCCUCAUCCUCGGCUGGCUCACUGUCAUCUGCCUCAUCGACGCCAACAGCAACAGCAACUGCAACUGCAAUUGCAACAGCAACUGCAGCAGCAGCAGCAAUAGCCCCGCAGCAACAACAGCAGCAAUCGCCGCCAAAUUUAAUCGAUAUCAGCGAAGUUCCUCUCAUUGUGGAUGUCAAGUAGUGUAAUUAUUUAUGCAUCUAGAAAUGGGGCUAUAAAACAACCUUGUAGAUACCACGCCCUCGCCCACGCCCCUUCCCCCAAAAACCAUAAAACCCAAAAAAAAUUUAAGAAAAAUGUAAAAAAAAAACAGUUGAAGGAAGAGCGCCGCGUAGUUUAAUUGACUAAUUUUCCAUUUGUAGCUUUUGUUGUAACUUUGUACAUAACUCCCGGAAAAAUGCAAGUUUUUCUCUAGGCCGCCCCAGCUGUGAGCCAAACUAAUCUCAGCUGACAUAUCCCAGAGAACUUCAAAAGUUAAGCCCAAAAAUAAGGAAGGCGCCAAAAAACGUCUUUGCAUAUAAAUGUGUAUAAUAUUUAAAUGGCACUGAGUUCUACUUAAUUUUAGACCACAAACAUUUGAGAAAAUCAAUGAAAGAAAGAGAAGAGUCCCCCCAAUACUUUCAAAAGACAAAACAUAAAGAUAGUUAAAAUAUUUAUAUAUGUAAUGUAGCAUAUACACGUAUAUACAUAUAUGAAUUAUGAAUACAUAAACGAAACUCUACUCCCAGUGGUUUGCAGAAAUAUACCAAAAAUUUUAAGCUAUGUUUACUUGAUGUGUGGCAAUUUUUAUGUGUGCUUUAGCAAUUUUAUUUUUACUUUAAGUAAAAUUUAAAAUUACAUUCGAUUCUCGGCUGGUUUUCCUCGCCGGAUGCAUCUCAAAGAUGCAUCUGUGUGGGAAGCCCGAUUUGUUGGAAUAUGAAUGCAAAAUUUAGCGAAUUUUUUAUUUAGUAAACAUUACGAGUAAAAACACAAAAUGUUCAGUGCAAGUUUCAGUUCUUAAACGAUUUUUUCGUAAGCUUAAGCAUUAUCUUAUUUAUGU